AUGGAUUCUACAUACCCUGCCAGACAACGCUACGGGCCUAGUCGGGAUCCUCGCCGUGCUGGUAGAGCUAACCGAGGAGCUGGUCAUGCUGAUCGACAACACUACCCCCGAACCCAACAAUACCAGCCCCAAAGUGAACACCAAAGCAGCAUUAUCUUGACUUGUUAUCUCUGCCACAACACCAGGCACCUUCAGCGGAGUUGUCCAUUACUUGCCCUUUGGAGAUCUGCCAUCGAGACAAUUUGCCGCGUACAAAUCACCUCCCAGCUGAAAUUCUUAGGCUCAUGGCUGACACAAUAUCCCGAAGGACCGCAAUAUUGA